AUGGAUGCGAUACGAAAUUUAUUCUUGAAUAGAAAUUCAAAUGACAAUACAACUUCUUGGGAUCCCAGCUCAAACAGGGACUCCAGCGGUGGACCCGAUCAGAAUUUCUCGUCAUUUUCGGAAAGCAAGACUUAUGAGCAAAACGGAAUGACUGUAACAGAAUCUACUUGGACGAACGAAAACGGAAAAGUUACUGAAACCCGAAAAACAUACACUCUCGAUCCAGAAAACCCAAAUCAGGGAGUUCAAAGGCCUCCGAUGAAUGAUUUAAUUCUUGGGGGUCGUUCGCUUAUGGGAAUGCUCGACCGAGCUGAAGACGACUUCGACAGGAUGUUCGGACAAAUGGAAAGAGAGAUGAACCAAGUGAUGAAUUCAACGAUGCCGAUUUUCAUUGAGUUCGGCAACCGUGCGCAAGAUUUCCAUAGCCACCUUGUUGAUCGUGAAAUGAGGAGACUUCAACAAAAUGAAGAUUCGCCCCAUCAUCCGCAAAACAUGAGCAAUUCUAUCCGAGAUCAUUUCGUUACCGCUGCGAUUCCUCAGAGAAAGAGAGAAACUACCGUUGAAACUCCAAAAUUUAAUCCUCAAUUUACUGCACCUGAUUAUGCGAAAGAAUUCAAACAAGGAAUCUCCAAAUUUUCAUGA